AGGGCCAUAAAGUUGGUGACAUUAGACUCCUCAGCAAUUUUCUUUCCUUCCUCUUCAAUUCCCCCCCUCUUUCACUAUAUAUUUCAAAUAAUUGAGUAGCUUUCUUAUACAUUAAUCUAUAGUAAGCAGAUUUAUUUGUACAACCAUCCAGGAUCUUCAGUUUCUGUGAUUUUUUUUUUGUAACAAUCAAAUGGAAGGAUUAGCUAUCAGAACAACAAGACCGUCUAUUUUCUGCUCUCUUCCAGGUCUUGGUGGCGGGGAUUCUCAGCAACGACCUCCAACCAACGGUUCCCUCAGGUUUCCGGCGUCGUCGGCCGAUAACACAAAACUAGUCGCAAAUUCUGUUUAUUUUCGCCCAAUCUCCGCCGUCAACGUGUCUACUCAAGCUUCCCUCACUGCCGAUUUUCCCGCCCUUUCAGAAACCAAUGUGAAAGAGGAGAGAAUAAACGGGGAAAAGAAGGCAGACAACAUCGUAUGGCACGAGAGUUCCAUCUGCAGAGGCGACAGACAACAGCUUCUUCAACAAAAGGGUUGUGUCAUUUGGAUCACUGGUCUCAGCGGUUCAGGGAAAAGCACUGUUGCUUGUGCUCUAAGUAAAGCUCUGUUUGAAAGAGGCAAACUAACUUACACACUUGACGGCGACAAUGUACGUCACGGCCUUAACCGGGACCUCACUUUCAAAGCUGAAGACCGUACCGAAAACAUACGCAGGAUCGGUGAGGUGGCAAAGCUGUUUGCUGACGUUGGCGUCAUUUGUAUAGCAAGUUUGAUUUCUCCUUACCGGAGAGACAGAGAUGAAUGUCGGUCGUUGUUACCGGAGGGAGAUUUCGUGGAGGUUUUCAUGGACGUUCCUCUUUCUGUGUGUGAGUCAAGAGAUCCAAAGGGUUUGUAUAAACUCGCUCGUGCCGGCAAAAUCAAAGGAUUUACUGGAAUCGACGACCCUUACGAGGCGCCAUUGAAUUGCGAGGUCGUGCUGAAACACACAGGGGACGACGUUUGUUCUUCUCCACGUCAGAUGGCUGAAAACAUCAUCUCUUACCUGCAAAACAAAGGUUACCUCGAAGGCUAAGUCAAGUCUGGAAAAAUCAAAGACAACAAAAACCCCCAUAUUUGUUGAAUAUAAUUAGAUUUUUCAUAAUCAUGUUUACAUGAUUUCUCUCUCUCUGGUUUCCUCAGAAGCUUGAGAUCUGAUAUGACGUUCGUCAAUUACUAUCAUUUGUUUCUUGAAUUCUGUUAAACUCCGAACUCGGGGGAAGGAUAAAAUAAAUAAAUACUAUAUGAAUUACAUAUAUAUGCUUUUAAUUUCUAAUUAGCAUUUAGUUAGGUAAUUAAGAGUUGUUUUUUGCUUAAUGUUAUCGACUGUGUUGUAUAAUGUCGUUGUAGUUAAUCUAGUCUUCUGUAUUUUAACUCUGUUGGACUUGGUGUACGCUGGUAAUCAAUUCUUG